UAAAAUUAAUGUUCAUUUUAUUAUUUUGUGAUAAAAUAUACAAAAAUAUAUAAAUCCAUCGGACUUAUUUAAAUGUUUUCAUUAUUGUUACAUUUAAUGAUAUUUCAACAGGCAAUAGUUAUUACAUUAUUUAUUCAAUCAAAAACGCUACUAAUGAACAUCAAAAUAAAUUAAACUUACAUUUUUAGUAUAACCAUGGGUUGGAAUAUUUAUAAAUUGUUGUGUUGCUGUGGCAGUUCUAAUGAAUCAACCAGAGUCGAUUUGGCAAUUGUUCGAGAACAACAAGCUGCAGCUGCUGAAAAACGUUUAAGAGAACAAGAAAGCCGAGGUAUUAAGAAUCCAGAUCGUGUCAAACGCAUGCAACGAGAACAACAAAAACGUGAUGAAGAAGCUAAUAGGACUGCUAAUAUGGGGACGGGUACUGGAUUAAAGUGGCAAGUCAGUUAAUUAUUCAAAGUAUUGAAGUUUAUGCAUCCAUCAGCAAAAUAUAUAUUUAUUAAUCUAUUAAAUUAUGUUUUAAUUAUUACUAUCUAUAAUCACUUAUGUAUAUAACCUGUAAUAUUCAUCUAGUUAUAAUUUUAGUUUUAUAAAUAUAUUUUUAUCAGUUCAUAUUUUUUAUUGUUCUACAAUUAUACUAUAUUUUAAUAUUAUAUAUAUUACAUACAAAUUAAAACAAUUAUUUAAAAAA